GCUAGUUUAACUAGCUUUAUAUUUGUGGCUCUGGGGUAAUGACUGUUUUCCCUCUAACGCCAUUUAAUUCUAAAAAAUUUAAUAACUAUGGUUCGUGUCCGAACAGUAUUUGGCUGUAUGACUUUUCAGCUUAGUUUUUGGUUUUUUUAAUAUAUCAGUUGUUUUGUUGGUAUCGGGAAAAAACCGUUUCUUGAUGGCUUUAUUACAAAAAGAUCAACCAGGUGACAGCUCAUAAGUCCCUGAAGCUAAAGGCCACCAAAGGAUGGAUCCUGCUCUACUGAGAGAAAGGGAGCUUUUUAAGAAAAGGGCACUUUCCACCCCAACUGUAGAGAAGAGACAGGCUGCCUCAGACUCUGGAUCACACAAAAAGAAGAAACCCAAAGUUGACAAGGAGAGCUCCUCUAGUUCCAAACUCAGUAGUGAAUCUAAUGGCAGCUUCAACAUUAAGACGAGCUCUGGGUACAAGUUUGGUUGCCUGGCCAAGAUAGUAAAUUACAUGAAGACGAGGCAUCAGAAUGGGGACACGCACUUCCUGACCUUAGAUGAGAUUCUUGAUGAGACCAAACUUCUUGACAUAAGCAUGAAGCAGAAACAGUGGCUCAUGAAUGAGGCCUUGGUCAGCAAUCCAAAAAUUGAAGUCCGGGAUGGAACCUAUGGCUUCAAGCCUAAAUACAACCUGAAGGACAAGAAAGCCUUACUGAGGCUGCUGGAUAAGCACGACCAACUGGGCCUGGGAGGAGUCUUACUAGAAGAUGUAGAGGAAGGGCUGCCCAAUUCAGCCAAGGCCAUCAAGGCUUUGGGGGAUCAGAUCAUCUUUGUUACAAGACCAGACAAGAAAAAGAUCUUGUUCUACAAUGACAAGCAUUGCCAGUUUGCGGUAGAUGAAGAAUUUCAGAAGCUGUGGAGGAGUGUUCCAGUUGACUCUAUAGAUGAGGACAAGAUUGAAGAGUACCUGAAGAAACAAGGCAUUUCCUCCAUGCAAGAAACGGGACCAAAGAAAGUGUUACCAAUUCAAAAGAGAAAGAAGCCAGCCGGACCGAGGAAGAGAAACUUCAAGACGCACAACAACCAUUUGGCUGGAUUACUGGAGGAUUACUCAGAUGGCGUGCCUAUAAAGAAGUGAAAUAUAUUCAUUCAGUCCCAUAUGUAACACAGAAAUGCAUGGAGAUGGUUAUUCUAGACUCACUAUAACAUAAAAACUGCUGAUGAAUGUUAUUUCAAAACAUUAGCUGUUUUUCUCCCCCCUUUCUUUGCAUUCCUCUCAACAAUCUCUGGUUUUAUGUUACAUGGAGUCAGUAGUUGCUGUGUUGUGGAAACCUUUUGAGUAUAAGUCAGUGAAGGACAUGAAUACUUGGAUCAUUAGGAUAGCUGGCGCCCUCACCAAUUAAAGGGGAAACCACAACUUUACUGUUAAAGUAAAUAAGGUUGAAUUGUGUA